AAUAAUGACAGAAAGGCGCUUUUCAUAGUAACAAAAAAGUUUUUAAAUGCAAUAAAUAACCCUUAGUCAUCAGGAUUGGCCAUGUAGUGUGGCGAACUGAAAACUGACAGGUUACAGUAGUUCGCGAACACUUGCUGUGGUGAAUGGCUCGAACGGUUCGGUUUCUAACAUACGAGUUCCAGAUCCGAGCGAUGCGCCGAGCACACAGCAUGACUCUGCAACUGAAGCACGACAAGGCGUUCGUGAACCACAACUGGGUCGCAGCUGAGAGCGGCCGCACCUUCCAAGUCUUCAGCCCCAGCUCGGAGGAGGUCGUCAGCACAGUUCCGGACAUGGACGAGAAUGACGCCGCCAAGGCCAUUCAAGCUGCUCACAAGGCGUUUUUAACAUGGGGCCAAACCACUGGCAAGGAGAGGUCUGUGAUACUGAGGAAGUGGUACGAACUGCUGGUGACGAACCAAGAAGAGCUCGUAAAGCUGAACUCGACAGAGUCGGGCAAACCCUUGUGCGAGGCGCAGGCGGAGGUCAGCUACGGCAACUCUCUCAUCGAGUGGUUCUCGGAAGAAGCGAGGAGAAUACACGGUCAAGUUAUCAGCAGCCCAGUCAAGACCAAGGAGAUCGUGCUGAUACGGCAGCCUCUGGGAGUGGUGUCGCUGAUAACACCGUGGAACUUCCCGCACGCCAUGAUCACGCGCAAGGCAGGCGCGGCGCUGGCCGCCGGCUGCACGUGUGUCAUCAAGCCGGCCGAGGACACGCCCCUGACGGCGCUGGCCCUGGCCAAGCUGGCCGCCGAGGCGGGCGUGCCCCCCGGGGUCAUCAACGUGGUGACCUGCGACCGGCCGGGCGCCGCCGCAGUGGGUCGCCAGCUGUGCCAGCACCCGCUCGUGGCCGGCAUCUCCUUCACCGGUUCCACAGCUGUUGGGAAGCUGUUGUACAGCAACUGCGCUGCCGGCGUCAAGAGGAUAGCUCUGGAGCUGGGUGGGAACGCGCCCUUCAUCGUGUUCUCCGGAGCUGACCUGGACAAGGCCGUGGAUGGAGCCAUCGCCUGCAAGUUUCGCAACUCCGGACAGACAUGCAUCAGUGCCAACAGGUUCUUAGUGCAAGAGGACGUAUUUGACGAGUUUGUCAACAAGCUGGAGAAGAAAAUGAAAGAUUUAGUUCUUGGAGACCCAUUAUCCACCAGCUCACGGAUCGGACCACUCAUCAACCUGUCUCAGACCGCAAAGGUGAUCGGCAUGGUGAAUGACGCCAUAGAGAAGGGGGCAGAGGUGAGGCUGGGGGGGAAACUGGCCACGUCUCUCGGCCAGAGGUUCUGCGAGCCCACCCUGCUUCUCAAGGUCGACCCGUCCAUGCUCUGCUACAACCAGGAGAUAUUCGGCCCGGUGGUUGUGUGUGUCAAGUUCAAGACUGAAGAGGAAGCCCUGUCCAUCGCGAACAGCACCAAGUCCGGACUGGCGGGGUACUUCUACACCAACGACAUCAACCAGGCGUGGAGGGUGGCCAAAGCGCUGUCCACGGGAAUGGUCGGCAUCAACGAGGGACUCAUCUCCACAGCGGAGGCCGCGUUCGGCGGCAUCAAGGAGUCGGGGUUCGGGCGCGAGGGCUGCCACCACGGCAUCGACGAGUUCAGCUACGUCAAGUACCUGUGCUUCGGGCUGUCGCAGCUGUGAGCCCGGCGUUCCGCGAGCAAGUGAUCAGCUCAGUUGAAACAAACUUCAAGCAAAUGUUAUCAAUGUGUCAUUUUUUUCUCUUUCACAAACUUUAAAAACCUUUGCAUGCCAAAUGUUUGAUUUUAAUGAAAAUAUUAAAACGUGUAUUAAAAAUAAAAA